CCACAUCUUUAUUUAAUAUAAGGAGCUUUUUUCUCUUUGAAAUGUGACUGAUUCAAAGAGGAGGUGGUGGUUGUGGGAUGUGGGAUAUGGAACUUCAUCGAGGGACAUGAGAGUUAGAGAAUGUAUUUAUUGGACUUUAAGGACAUGUAUAAAAAAAUACCAGCCUUUGAUGGUAAAAACUAUCAUCCGAAUGUCCCUGUGCUGAAGAAAUGCGGUUCUGGCUGAGUAAUGAAUCAUGUUAUGCAAGGACAUUUUGUAUUUAACAUUUUGUGUUUCUGUUGGCAAGGUUUGGUAGAGCAUGCCCCUGCAUGCUUUGUUACUAGAAAAGCUGGUUGCUGCCCUCCAGACCCAGAGUUGUUUUUGUUUUGGAUCCACAGACAUUUUAGAGGUCCAGAAUUUCUACAGUAAACCCCAGCUGUACCUGUAUCACCAUUCAAAGCUAAGGACAAAGGCCAGUGGAAUUCCGUCAGACACUUCGAACACUAAUAAAGAAAGGACUGUGUAACAGGGUGGAGCUCACUUUUAGGAAUACAAUUAUCCAUGAAUUGAAAGUGAUCGAGAUUCAGAGUAAACGAAACAACUUUACAUAUAGAACUUGUGGAGCAGUUGUUACACAACACAAAAGGGGAAGAAAAUAGGAUGGCAGACAAGCAUUAGUGAUCAGUUACUUCAAUGGCAACAGCAAAGACAAUUAAGUUUGUCACCUGGAAUAUCAAUGGACUUAAGCAAAAGAAGUGUAAAGAACUGUAUGAUGCUGAUGUUGUUUUCCUACAAGAAACUCACAUUGGUCAAAACAAUAACUGCAGGUUAGAUGUUGGAGAUGAAUGGAACUUUUAUUACACUCAGUACACUUCAUCUCGAAAAGGAUCAGCGAUACUAGUGAGAAAAACACUAGAUUUUAAAAGUAUCAGUGUUGAAAAGGACAUUAAUGGAUCUUAUCUUGUACUGAAAUGUAAACUAGGAGAUCAACUUUACACGCUUGUCAGUGUUUAUAACCAUCAUGCAGAUGUGAAAACCCUGGAUACAUUAACACUGUAUCUGCAGCAUAUGGCCACAGGAAUGCUUGUAAUUGGAGGAGAUUUCAACACGGUGCUUAAUCCCUUCAUUGACAAGAAAACUCAAUCCAAACCCGGCAAAGUGACAAACAACAGAUCACAUGACAAGCUCCGAGGUUGUGUUGAAAAAUUCAUGAAAUCUCUUCAACUGGUAGACGUCUGGAGGAGAAUGAACCCAGCAACACGGGAAUACACAUUCAACAAAAACAACAUAAAGUCAAGGCUCGAUUAUUUCUUCAUACCAGAAGAAUGUAUGUGGCGCAUUGAAACCUGUGAAAUAAACAACUUGCAGAGGCCUGACCACCAGCCCCUGAGCCUGCAGGUCAAUAACGUUGCUGUGAUUUCUUACAAGAAAGAUGUAGAAAUACACUACAUUGGCCAACUGCUGCAUCAUAAAAGGGGAUUUGGUAUAGUGGAAGCUGAUUUGUCUUUAAAUGAAAACAACAAAUGUGUGAUGAACGAGAUUGAUCUUGUGACAGCUAUUCAAUCUCUGCAAGUAUCAGACACCCCCAGACCAGACGGCAUUCCAGUUUCUUUCUACAAGGAAGUAAUUCAAGAUCUGAUUCCAUAUCUAAAGGUCCUCUACAGCAGGAUGCUCAGUGAUUCAUUUGAUUUCCAGAAAACUCACUUCUGUGAAUCUGUUCAAAAUCCUCACAGUGAUGGGCAACGCUUCUUUAAUGUUGACUAUCUCAUCAUUGCAACAAUUCUAGCAAGGCGCUUAGAAGACCACCUGGAGUCUCAGUACAAGGGACAUAAGCCAAAGGGUUUAGCUGCUUUUGGGAUAGCUUUCAAAAGUCCAUGCCCACAAGUCAAGUGGUGCUACAUCAAAAAGGCUUUAGAGGAACAGAAACGAUUCACAGAAGCAAAAAACAAUUCUGCCUCGUGUCAAGAUUUUGUAAUCAUGGAAAACCUCCUUAGAAAUGCAGAGGAUUUUGAUUCUGAUGGAAACACCUCAGCAUUUUCAUCAGAGAAAUGCAAGAAGCUCUGUCAAGGCUGCCCUCUAACUCCAGUGCUCAUGACCCUUAUUUUGAAGAGCAUUUCUUCAAAUCUGUUUGGGCAUUCAGAGCAGCAUAAAAUCCUUGUUUUCAAGCAGAGUGUGAUUGUCUGCGUUCCAACUGAGGAUCAGGACAAAGUAAAAGCAUCACUGAUGAAUCGUUUGAAUGACCUUCAAAGGACGGACACUGUGGUACAGCCAAAAGAAAAUGAGGUCGAAAAUUGGGAUGUUGAGUUUGAAGAGGGAGAAGAGACUCUGGUCAAUAGUGAAGAGGAGGAUGACGAAAGCUAUUUUGAGCAGGAAGAAUGUGAGGAGAGUGACCAUGAAGAGGAUGAUGAGAGUGAGGUGGAGAAUGAUCUCCAAGAGAAGGGUUCAACGUUUCACUAUAGGCAAACCAUGUAUGCGGUGGUUACCUUAAAACCCUCUGCGGAAGUGGUGGUGGUAGCAAAAACCUGGCUAACUGAGGAUAAACAACAGUCCCACUGGCCACCAUUUAAAUCACCUGAAAGCAUCACACAAGCUGUUAUCGACAGCCGUGUACCGGUGACACAAGGGAAGCUGUGGGAAAAAGUAGAUGUGACUGUGCAAGGAGAAUUUGACACCUAUGAUGUUGCAAAGAAAAUCCAACAAUUGCUUAGAAGCCAAGAAGUUCCAAAGAAAAAAAUCCCUCCUUCACCACAACCUGGACCAUCACCUCUAAAAAGAAAAAAGCUAUUUACAGAGAAAAAGUUGCAGCCCGGCCCAUCCCAGUCAGCUGUAACCUCUCAUUUACAUCCAGCUGCACCAAGUACCCAGUUGGGACCAAAACCAAAUGAGACAGACAAUAUCAUGAAACUGCUGAGAGAAAUCAACAGCAAGGUCCAAAAGAAUUCUGACAUGUUAGGAGUAUUACUGAAGAGAGUGGACCAGCCUGGACGGAGCAUGCUGUCAAAAACAUUCAAGCCCAAACUGCCUCUUACCAGCCUUGAAGAAGUCAACAGAGUUGAAGAGGAACUCAAAGAUGACACAAAUAUGCAAAACUAUGUACAACAUCUUAGGACACUUGGAGGCACUGGUAACAAAAAGAUCAUCAGGACAAUCAUGCAGGCAGUCAUGACAGAAGAUCUUGCUGAGGCAUUCAGUUGGAAAAAGGGAAGACAAAAUAAAAAGGCAAUGUCUGUCUUGACAUUAAGUAGAGUAAUCAAAGAAGCUGCAUUGUAUCGUGGGAUAGAUCAUACUGACACAGAAAGAGAAAUUAUGAAAUGGCUGAGAUUCGUUGCAGACCGGAAUAAUCGGAAGAAAUUGAAGGAUCUGAGAGAUUUUAAAGAUGGAAACCAAACAGUAACUUCUGGUACAGCCCCAGAUUAUAUCUGUGAUUCCCGGGCAAGCGGAAGCCCCUUAUUAUAUAACCUUUUUGAUGACGUGUAAUUUCAGUCGGUCUUUACCUUUAAAUUUUAAAGUUGUUGGCAACAAUAAAUAGCGUUUGUAGCUCAAUGACACAUGCAGAAAAUGUCUUAAAGUUUGAUUACUCUUUACUGCAGUUGUUGCAGUCCUUCUAUAGGUAAGCCAAGCAGUAGAAAAUAUCAGAUAUAAUAAAAUGCUGUUUUAAAAAUACACUAAACCCUAAAUCGUUUUAUUAAUAGCUGAAAUGUGUUCCUUUUGAAGUUGUGUAAUAUUUUUUUAUAAACCUUUUUCUAACCUUUAAAUUAUGCUUUUAUUAUGGUCAUUUCCGCCUCUGCAGCGCCCUCGCAGGUUCAACUGAGCUAUGAGCAAGCAUGAUGUGUCUGUGUACUUUGGUACGUGCACACUUACAAUAUGCAAAUCAGUCAAUCAGUUAUACCACACCUCUGGUGAUGUCUAACCAGCUUCGCCUAUCCUCUAUCAGAGACAGACUGCUCAGCCAAAUCAGCUCCCCCUUGCGCCCUGCCUCUAAACCAAAACAUCACCCAGUGAUCCUACUACUCCCAUUUUUUGAGGAGUUGAGGGCGAGGUUAUCUAAAAUCAGGGGGUUUAUUUACCAUUUAACAUAUCAUGCUAAGCUCAUACUUGUUGAACCAUGAUGUGAACACAGGUUUGGGCAGAUUUUUACUAGUCUAUGCUAUGCUGGGGUUUAGAGUUUAGAGUGUUUGUGUUGAUUUAAGCUCUUAAUAUAUAAAAGACAUGACUGUUUUUGAGAGUUUAUUUAAUCUACCUAUAUUGUGAUGUAUUGUGAUUUGUCAAAUGAUUGUACACAAAUGAUUUGAUGUAAAUAAAGCAAGCCUUAUCAUCA